AGGUGACCAAAGGUUGUGGGACUCUGCUUAUAUAUAUAUAAUUUGUGUACACAUCAAACAAACAAAUGGUGGUUAAUUCUUUUUUUUUUUUUUUUUGGUUAUUUCUCUUAAUUUUAUUUUGCAUAUAGUUUUUAUUGGAACGCAACAAAAGGUGGUGGUUACAUGAGCAUGUAAUGGUUUAAGUGGCAAAGUCAAGCAGCCCGGCCCACAAUGUGAAAACCAUUAAAAGCCUUCCAUUUCUUUCAAGGAAAAGAAAAAGAAAAAAAAAAAAAAAAGGAAAGGAAAGUAAAGGAAAGCCAUGAAUUUGAGUAUAAGGUCAAUAGUCUAUGUUCAAAUUCUCAAGUGUGUUUUAUUAUAUGUGUAAAUAUCUUAGCAAUUUCCCUUUCAUUUUCCACACUUUUAACUAUAAUGCCAUUUAUUUCCAACUCACCCACCCAACUCAGCUCCCUAUUUAAAACCUCCAUUUCCUUCAACCAUUUUCACGUACAUCAAAGAGCUACGCCCAAAAUAAAUGCUCAUUCCCUUCUCCUUCUUUAUUUUUGUUUCUAACCUCUUUCUUCUUCUGUCUUCAAACAAGAACAGCCUUGUAAGUUUUAGACAAUGGAUAGACUUCCAAAAUGUGAAGCAAAUUAUGUUCCUCUCACCCCAUUAACCUUCUGGAAAAGAGCUGCUGCGGUUUAUGCCAACCGUACCUCGGUUAUAUACGAGCGCAUCCGCUUCACUUGGGGCCAAACUUCCGACCGCUGUUGUCGCCUUGCCUCCUCUCUUCGUUCCUUAAACAUUAUGAAGAACGAUGUUGUUUCUGUCUUGGCUCCAAAUGUUCCUGCUAUGUACGAGAUGCACUUUGCGGUACCUAUGACAGGAGCAAUCCUCAACACCAUCAAUACCAGACUUGAUGCCAAAACUAUUGCCACCAUUCUGCGCCACUCGGAAGCGAAGGUCUUCUUUGUUGAUUAUGAAUAUGUUCCUCUGGCACGGGAGGCCCUCCGGUUACUGAUGGAUCUUGUUUCAUCUGAAGCUAGUUUUCCAUUGGUCAUUGUCAUUGAUGACAUUGACUCACCCACCGGAAUCCGGCUAGGCGAGUUGGAGUAUGAACACCUUAUUCACAGGGGCAAUCCUAAUUAUGUCCCUGAAGAUAUUCAAGAUGAAUGGGCUCCAAUAGCCUUGAACUAUACUUCUGGUACAACUUCAGAGCCUAAAGGAGUUGUGUACAGCCACAGAGGUGCUUACCUUAGCACUCUUAGCCUAAUUCUUGGCUGGGAAAUGGGAAAUGAGCCUGUCUAUCUUUGGUCUCUCCCUAUGUUCCACUGCAAUGGUUGGACAUUCACAUGGGGAGUCGCUGCACGUGGAGGUACCAAUGUCUGCCUCCGCAACACCACCGCUUACCACAUGUAUCGUAAUAUUAAUGAACAUAAGGUGACGCACAUGUGUUGUGCACCUAUUGUCUUCAACAUCCUUCUUGAUGCAAAACCUCACGAGCGCCGCCCAAUAUCUUCCCCUGUUCAGGUCCUCACUGGUGGUGCACCACCACCAGCUUCACUCCUCGAGAAGAUAGAGCCAUUAGGAUUCCAUGUAACACAUGCCUACGGCCUAACGGAGGCCACAGGACCAGCACUGGUCUGCGAGUGGCAAAGGAAAUGGAACCAGCUACCAAAAGAUGACCAAGCAAAACUGAAAGCAAGACAGGGAGUCAGCAUACUAACACUAGCGGACGUAGACGUGAAGGAUCUCAACACAAUGGCAAGUGUUCCUAGAGAUGGAAAAACAAUGGGGGAGAUUGUGCUAAGAGGAAGUAGCAUAAUGAAAGGGUACUUCAAAGAUCCAAAUGCAACAUCAAAAGCAUUCAAGAACGGUUGGUUCGCGACAGGGGAUGUUGGAGUAAUUCAUCCAGAUGGGUACCUAGAAAUUAAGGAUAGAUCAAAAGAUGUUAUAAUAUCAGGUGGUGAAAAUAUAAGCAGUGUGGAAUUGGAAUCUGUAUUAUACAGACAUCCAAGAAUUCUUGAAGCAGCUGUUGUAGCAAUGCCACAUCCAACAUGGGGAGAAAGUCCAUGUGCAUUCGUUGCCACAAACAACAGCGCAGAGGGCCAAACUGAUGAUGUCACAGAAGAUGAUAUUAUAGCAUUUUGCAGGAAAAAUCUCCCAAGAUUUAUGAUUCCAAAGAAGGUGGAGUUCCUGCCGGAGUUACCAAAGACAGCAACUGGAAAAAUUCAGAAAAACCAGUUAAGGGUUCUGGCAAAGACUAUUAAGGUAUCUAAUGAAGAUAAUAAUAAUAAGUCCAAGAACAGCAGGAAUCUGCCCAGCAGAAAGAACGGCAAAUCUUCUGAUCAAGUUGCCCAAGUCAAUAAGGAAAUAGAAGGAUAUGUUGCUCAUCCUCAUGAACAUGUUCUUGCUAUGUCACGUCUUUGAUGUUGUUAUUUAAUUUAAUCUUAUUCUAGUAGUUAAAGACUUAUACUUCCAAUAAGGUUGUGCAUGUAUAGAGAGAGAAUUUCACGUCGUCUUUUAAUUGUUAAUUAGUUAACUUGUUUCUAAGAGAUUAAGAUACAACUGCUCUUUUCCUUUAUUAUGAGAUAAUCAACUGCUGCUACUUUUGUUCCUUUUUA